UGGUCUGUGCUGGUCUGUACUGGCCUUUGCAUGGCUGUGCAGCGCUGUGCUGGGUCGCUCUGCCCCCUGGCGGCCAGGCUGGGCACUGCAGGAGCCCUGCGGUGGCGGGGGGGGCAUUGGGGACAGCGUGGGAUGCUGGGGCUGGGGAACACGGAGCUGUACUGGUGGACACGGGGCUGGGGGACACAGAGGGGUGUUCCUCGCGACAUGGGGGUGGUUUGGUGGCAAUGGGGACACAGUGGGGGGGACGCUGACAGGGGGGCGAAUAAGGGGCAUGGGGAUGUAGGGAAGGUACUGGGAGUUGCCUGGGGACGCUGGGAUGCUCCCUUGGUGCACUGGGAAAUGCUGGGGGGAAGGACAUGGAGUGUUCUUGGUGGUGCUGGGUGAGGCCUAGGGACACUGGGGGCUGGGGCAGGGGGCACUGAGAGGAGCUGGGGACAUUUCAAGGGUCUUGGAAAGGGCCUGGGACAGGGAAUAGGGAUGAUACUAGGGGUGCAAUGACAUCAGGUAGGAGUUCCUGGGGGGACACCGAGAUGGUUCACAGGGGGCAUGUGAGGAUGGUGGUGGACAUCCCCACUACAGGGCCAUACCCAUGGCCUGGGGGCAGCAGGGACAUCCCUGGAAUGGGGCCAUAUCCAUGGCUGGGGAUACUGGGGACAUCCCCACUACAAGGCCAUCCCUAUGGCUGGGGCCAGCAGGGACAUCCCUGCCAUGGGGCAUAGCCAUGGCCUGGGGACAUCACUGAGCCACCAUCUCUGGGAGGGGACAGCCGGGUGCCCUCCCUGCAGAAGCGCUGACGUCGGGAGCCAGGGGAUUGCUGAGCUCAGCCUGGGGCAGAUUUCGGGGCUUUAUCCGGAGUCUGGCUUAAGCCGCGCUCCUUGUCCCCGUCCUUGGCCCACUUGGGUGGCAGCAGCGGCCGCAGUCGGGCGGUGGGCGAGCGCUGGAGGCGGCGGGGGGCUGGCGCACGCUGCCCGUCCUGGUGCUGACCUCCACCGAGCGGGCGAGCCGGCGGGCGGCGGAGGCGAGGAUGGGAGCAGGGGCCAGUGCCGAGGAGAAGCACUCCCGUGAGCUGGAGAAGAAGCUGAAGGAGGACGCUGAGAAGGAUGCCAGGACCGUCAAGCUGCUGCUGCUGGGAGCAGGGGAGUCAGGGAAGAGCACCAUCGUCAAGCAGAUGAAGAUCAUCCAUCAGGAUGGUUACUCGCUGGAGGAGUGCUUGGAGUUCAUCGCCAUCAUCUACAGCAACACGCUGCAGUCCAUGCUGGCUAUUGUGCGUGCCAUGACCACGCUCAACAUCCAGUACGGCGACUCAGCCCGCCAGGAUGAUGCCCGCAAGCUGCUGCACCUCUCGGACACCAUCGAGGAGGGCACCAUGCCCAAGGAGAUGUCGGACAUCAUUGGGCGGCUCUGGAAGGACACGGGCAUCCAGGCCUGCUUCGACCGCGCCUCCGAGUACCAGCUCAACGACUCGGCCGGAUACUACUUAUCGGACCUGGAGCGCCUGGUGACCCCCGGCUACGUCCCCACCGAGCAGGACGUGCUGCGCUCCCGUGUCAAAACCACUGGCAUCAUCGAAACCCAGUUCUCCUUCAAGGACCUCAACUUCAGGAUGUUUGACGUGGGGGGACAGCGCUCGGAGCGCAAGAAGUGGAUCCACUGCUUCGAGGGGGUGACGUGCAUCAUCUUCAUCGCGGCGCUCAGCGCCUACGACAUGGUGCUGGUGGAGGAUGACGAAGUGAACCGCAUGCACGAGAGCCUGCACCUCUUCAACAGCAUCUGCAACCACCGCUACUUCGCCACCACCUCUAUCGUCCUCUUCCUCAACAAGAAGGACGUCUUCCUGGAGAAGAUCAAGAAGGCGCACCUCAGCAUCUGCUUCCCCGACUAUGAUGGUCCCAACACCUAUGACGAUGCCGGCAACUACAUCAAGCUGCAGUUCCUGGAGCUGAACAUGCGGCGGGACGUGAAGGAGAUCUACUCGCACAUGACCUGCGCCACUGAUACUGAGAACGUCAAGUUCGUCUUUGACGCCGUCACCGACAUCAUCAUCAAGGAGAACCUCAAGGACUGCGGGCUCUUCUGA